AUGAAUCCUUACAUUUUAACCAUCAUACUAAUUGGAUUAGGCAUAGGAACCUCUAUUACAUUAACGAGCACACAUUGACUACUAGCCUGAAUAGGAUUAGAAAUAAAUACCAUAGCCAUUAUUCCACUUAUAGCCCAACACCACCACCCCCGAGCAGUUGAAGCUGCAACCAAGUACUUCUUAACACAAGCCGCAGCCGCAGCUAUACUUCUAUUUGCCACAACCACAAACGCCUGAAUUACGGGCCAAUGAGAUCUAUACCAACUAGCACACCCAUUCCCAACAACUAUGAUUACAGUUGCAUUAGCCCUAAAAAUUGGACUCGCCCCACUGCACGCUUGACUUCCAGAAGUCUUACAAGGACUUGACCUCACUACAGGACUAAUCUUGUCUACUUGACAAAAAAUUGCCCCAUUUGCCCUCCUCCUUCAGAUCCAACCCACCAACCACACCAUCCUAAUCCUCUUAGGCCUAACAUCUAUGCUUAUUGGGGGCUGGGGGGGACUGAACCAAACACAACUACGAAAAAUCCUAGCCUACUCAUCAAUUGCACAUCUAGGCUGAAUAAUCCUAGUUCUUCAAUUUUCCCCCACUAUUACACUCCUCACACUCCUUGCCUACAUUACCAUAACAUUAUCAACAUUUCUCCUAUUCAAAACUAAUAAAUCCACCAACAUUAACUCGCUCGCUACAUCAUGAACUAAGGCCCCAGUCCUAACAUCAAUUACGCCCCUCAUCCUACUCUCUUUAGGAGGACUUCCCCCCCUCACAGGCUUCGUACCAAAAUGAAUAAUUUUACAAGAGUUAUCUAAACAAGACCUUGCACCAGUUGCUACACUAGCUGCCCUCUCCGCCCUACUUAGCCUUUACUUUUACCUCCGAAUUUCUCACGCCAUAACCCUUACAACAUCCCCAAAUUGCCUUCCGGGAAUUACCCCUUGACGUCUGCCUCUUACCCAAUCCCUAUUACCACUAGCAACUUCAGCAUCCGCAACCAUGUGCCUUCUACCCAUUGCCCCUACCCUAGUAACCCUAUUUAACCCUUA